CGGAAGCAGCUCCGGCUGUGCAGGUUUCCUGAGACCCGGAGCAGGACCGGAGACCCGGAGACCCGGAGCAGGACCGGAGCAUCCCGGCUGGUUCCCCCCAGGAAGGAGCUCCCCCCCGGGGAUCAUGGGGCUGCUGGCCCGGCUGCGGAAGGAGUGGUUCAUCAUCGGGAUCGUGCUGGUCAUCCUGUCCGCCAAACUGCAGCCGAACAUCGGCGUGAGAGGAGGUCCUCUGAAGCCGGAGAUCACCGUCGCCUACGUGGCCGUUUCCCUCAUCUUCUUCAACAGCGGCCUGUCCCUGAAGACGGAGGAGCUGACCUCAGCACUGCUCCACGUCCGUCUGCAUCUGUUCGUCCAGAUCUUCACCCUCGUCUUCUUCCCCCUGGCCGUCUGGCUGCUGCUGCGGCUGCUGGAGCUCACGCUCAUCGACCAAUGGCUGCUGAGAGGGUUGCAGACGGUGAGCUGCAUGCCUCCACCUGUCUCCUCCGCCGUCAUCCUGACCAAAGCUGUGGGGGGAAACGAGGCGGCUGCAAUCUUCAACUCGGCCUUCGGGAGUUUCCUGGGCAUCGUGGUGACGCCGGCGCUGCUGCUUCUGUUCCUGGGCUCCUCGUCCUCCGUCCCCUUCUCCUCCAUCUUCUCUCAGCUCUUCAUGACGGUGGUGGUGCCGCUGGUGCUGGGACAGGUCUGCCGGCGGUUCCUGCGGGAGGUUCUGGAGCGGAGGAAGCCGCCAUUCGGUGCCGUCAGCAGCUCGGUUCUGCUGCUGAUCAUCUACACAACCUUCUGUGACACGUUCAGCAGCCCCGACAUCCAGCUGGACCCGGGGAGCCUGGUUCUGGUGGCCCUCAUCAUUUUCUCCAUCCAGAUCAGCUUCAUGCUGCUCACCUUCGGCCUGUCCACCAGGUCCGGUUCAGGGUUCAGCCCAGCGGACUCGGUGGCCAUCGUCUUCUGCUCCACCCACAAGUCCCUGACCCUGGGUAUCCCCAUGCUGAAGAUCGUGUUCGAGGGCUACCAGCAUCUGUCCCUGAUCUCGGUGCCGCUGCUGAUCUACCACCCGGCCCAGAUCCUGCUGGGAGCCGUGCUGGUGCCGACUAUCCGGGCCUGGAUGACGGCCCGGCAGAAGGCCAUGAAGCUGUCGAGCGUCCAGCCCGUCUGAGGGGAGGGAGCCUGGACGGGUGGAGGGGGCGGAGCUGAGUCACAAGUGCCUUACUGAACCAAUCAACGUGGACGAGGGGGCGGAGCCUCGAACCAAUCACCGAGGACCUCGCGGAGAGGGGGCGGAGCCUCCAACCUCACAUCGUAGUUUUCUAUGAAGAGAUGAGCUUUAUUUUUAUAUGGAGGACUAUUCUCUUUUCUUUAGUAGUUUCACCCGGAGGAGCGUUUGAUU